AUGGAAAAUAUUACAACAUUCAUAGAAAAUGUUACAACAGCGCUACCUUUUAACCUAGCAGCUGCCGCAAGCACAGAAACAACGGGUUCGUUUUUCGACGAAUUCUCUGCAACAUUCGAACCAGUGUCGAACACAGCACAUCCGAGCAAUGUUACUCAGGAUCCGGGAAGUUUGGACAUCGCUGCAACAGCGCCCCCUGUCGUCGUUGACCCAUACUUGGAGAGUCUGAUGUACUCCCACAUGCUAACGGUCCGCUAUGGACCCCCGACGAUUAUGUUUUUGGGGGUGCUUGGCAACUCACUGAGUCUGUUGGUGUUGUCCCGCCAGCAGUACUCCAAGGCCAGCACAACAUGGUACAUGAAAAUUCUCGCAAUCUACGAUCUCAUUAACAGCUUCGCGUGGCCUGGUUUAAGAUGGACGACCACGCACUACCCUUCUGUCGCAAUCACUCUGGGAGACGUCUUCUGCAAGGGGUACUCCUUUGGCGGGAAUUGGCUGGUCAACACAUCUGCGUGGAUCUUGGUCUUCAUGACAAUUGAUAGGAUGAUAAGCGUCUGCAAGCCCUUGAAGGCAAGCCAAAUUUGUACCAUUGCCCGAGCCCAGAAGAUCGUCAUUGGACUGACCAUAGUAUUCGCUGUAUUCGCCAGCCCAUGCUUCACUCGCACUAUGAAAAUUAAGCAAGGCGUCAUCAACCGUGCUCAGUGUCCAUUCAACCCCGCCUGGCUCUUUGACGCCUUCUACUACGCUGUCGUGGUUGUCCGACUCUGGGCUGCUCCCCUUACCGUCCUCUUCUGCAAUAUCGCCAUCGUUACUGCCCUCUUUCGGCAGAGACAGAAACGAGCGACGAUGUCCCAGACGGGUUGA